UUAUUAAUUAACAAUGGAUGAUAAAAAACAAUUUUCCUUCCUUUGGGAAUUUCUAAUAAUAUGCUUACAUCUAAAUCUAGCUCUAAAUUAAUUCGAAAAAUAAAAGAGACUUUGUGGCUUAGGGGGCUGUAAAUUUAGUUAGCUGAGUCAGUUUGUGUAGCGUAGAACACAGCACAACAAUUGACAAUGUCGAAUACCAAAGUUUCUGUAGUUAAAUCUGAAGUUGAUGAAGCUUGUCUUGGUGAAGAACUGCAACAAAAUGGAAAGGAAAAGUUACUUAAAGAGAAACCAGUAUCUGCCUGCUUAUGGAGAGGUUAUGUAGGUGACCUGACCCUCACGACCUUUGACCUUUUUACCCAAGUCAACAUCACCGAGGUGGCCCUGGGCCAACAGCACAGCUUGUUUCUCUCACAGGACGGCCUGGUCUACGUCAACGGCCUCAAUGACCAGGGCCAGCUGGGACUGGGGUCAUGUGACACUCGGAUUGUUGAGGAGCCAAUCAGAGUUGAGGGAUUGUCAGGUCCCGCAGUGAAUAUUGCCUGUGGCAAGCAGCACAGCGCUGUGGUGACGGAGGAUGGCCAGGUGUUCUGCUGGGGGUCAUCCAGAGAUGGCCAGUGUGGGACAGGAAGUCUGGACAUGGUACCCCUGCCCACCAGAGUGGGGGUGGAGGUCAACGAAGGCUUCUGUCAGCACGGUGUCCCCAAACCAGCGCUCAGUGUGUGUGUCAAGUCAGUGGCUUGUGGGGACACGCACACUUUGGCGCUGUCCACUGAUGGUGAGGUCUGGGCCUGGGGUGCGGGUGUCCAACUUGGCCUGGGGGAGCUCAUGCAUGCCCCCAUCCCUCGCAGGCUGGACACGUUGACAGGCCAGUCUGUCAUGGCCGUCUGCUGUGGCGCCAGACACAGCAUGGCACUGGUCAUCCGCGGGGAGAGAGCCUCGCCCAGGUCGUCACCGGUCAAGACGAGAGGACGGAGGGAGGCGAGGGAGGUGGAGGAGGACAAGCUGUACCCGUCACGCUGCAGUACGUGCCACAAGGAGAUCUACACGUACACGGACACCAGCGACAUGUGCAUCAUUGACACGCUGCAUGAUUGCAACUCUAGCGAGUGCGUCACCAGCAUUGAUUCCACCAUCAUAGAAGAUGUCGCGUCAUCCAGCUCGUCCAGCGAAGCCUUGAAGAAAGCUGGGUCACCCUCUCCAGAUAGAGAGGACACAGUAGACCCAAAGUCAAGCAGUUCUGCUAGCAACCCAUCUAAACCUACCAGCCCAUCUAAACCUACCAGCCCAUCUAAACCUACCAGCCCAUCUAAACCUACCAGCCCAUCUAAGCCUACCAGCCCAUCUAAACCAGACAGUCUCCCAUCUGAUGAAAGCUGUGGCCUGGCCCAUCAAACGGGACCCAAGGGACAUAACACAGAGGGAGGUACACCAGAUGAGCUAAAGCUAGUUCCUGAGCUGCAGGAUGGUGUGCUAGAGGACCCUGGUCUACUGGAGUCAGCAGGCAAUGACUCCGGUCUACUGGAGUCAGCAGACAAUGACUCCGGUCUACUGGAGUCAGCAGGCAAUGACUCCGGUCUACUGGAGUCAGCAGGAAUAGACUCCAGCAUUUUGGUUGUAUCAGGUGAGAGUCCAUUUGAUGAUGUGGUCAAGCCACCAGCUGACCUGAGCACAAUACCUGAAGACUCACCUGGCCAACAGAGUGAUGGGGGGUCAGAGGUCAAGGGUUCACCAGCUGACCUGGACACAAUACCUGAAGACUCACCUGGCCAACAGAGUGAUGGAGGGUCAGAGGUCAAAAGUCCACAGCUGCCAGAAGAGCAGGAUGAAGUUGUCUGGAAGAGGCGGUCAGAGACUGAGGAAACUGAUGAAGAGUUGAGGAGACUGUAUGGCAAACUGCGCACCAGGACGCCCUCCACCACCAGCGUCAAGUCUCUCAGCAUGCUCAGCCAAUCAGAGGCCAUGGACUACCUCCAGCGCCAGUUUCAGGAGGAGGACGUGGUCCAGCCAGCGCCGGUCAGCCAGGGGGAGAAGCUGGCAUCCAGACCUGAAACUGUGGCACCCAGACCUGAAACUGUGGCACCCAGACCUGAAGCUGUGGCACCCAAGAGUGAGAAGGCUGCCACGUCUUUUGGGAUGUUUGACAUGGUCUCACACGUCAAGUCCAUGGCCAGCCGCACCUUGACCAACAUCCAGACCUUGUCCGCCUACAUGACCAGUGAUGACAGCAACAACCAGAGUUCAGGGGGGAACCUGGAGCUGACCUCUGUCCUGCAACAAGGGGUCAAAGGUCAGCAGAGUCUGCAGAGCAGCAUUGGCAGUGACUCUUCCUCAAACAUCAUCAGUCCAGACACCAGCUCCGACGCCUCCCCUCCCCGUGAUGUGGUGAGAAAGUCUGGCACCUUCAUAGAGUGGAAGCGCGAGAUGUCCACUGUUGAUGGUGACCUGUCUGACCGCGACUCUAGCAGGAAGUCCAUCAGGACCAUACAGAUGCAGCAGAGGAACCUGAACAGGUCAUCAUUGACAAGCCAGUCCCCUGAGCCAGCCAGCCAUAGAGUGAGUACCAUCACUGACGUCUGGGUCUGGGGCGCCAACGACCAGGGUCAGCUUGGUCUGGGGGAUCAGCUGGAGAGGUCACUUCCUGUCCAGGUCAAGUUUUUCAUAGGCAGGCAUGUGAUAAAACUGGCAGCAGGCGACGCCCACAGUCUGGCGCUGACCGCCAACUCUCAGGUCCACUCCUGGGGCUCCAACAGCUACGGUCAGCUGGGCCAGCCAGAGGCGGUGCAUGGACCCACGCGGAUAAAGUUUCCCAAAGGUUUUACAGCAUGGGAUAUUGGAGCUGGCGUGACUCAUUCUGUUUUCCUGGGGGACGGCUCUUCUGCUGGUGAUGGCUCGGCUCCAUGUCCCGAGGUCUUCUACUGUGGUAAACAACCCAGUAAAGAGCUCCACUCUACCAUGAUAAAAACCAACACACUGGAACCUCUGCCUGUCAUCAACAAGCUGGGCUGGAUCACCAGAGUCCGUGCAGGUGGCGCCAGCUGUGCCUGUAAACUCCUGCACCCCGCCCCACCAGAGACGGCAGCCAUCUUUGAGCUGGCAGCAUCAGAGCGAGCCUUCUACAACCAGCUGAUCAAAACAACAAACCUGCUGCUGAGACCCCUGCAGAGGUCAUCUUUUUAUUCAUCCAUGGAUGUUUAUCCAUACAAAUCUGCGCUACAAAAUCUGGUGUCAACAUUUGGGACUCUCACUAAAAGAAUAGGAGAGGGUAUAACAGACCUGACAUUGAACAUCCAGAGUGCCUCCCCCUUGAGCCACUCUCUGAUGCUGGGAGACAACAAACCAUUUGUUGAAGCCUUUAGAACAUAUUCCCUGAGGUUUUCUGAUUUCCUGGCUGUUAGGGGAUUUGAUUACUGCACCAAGGCUGGCAGGUAG